UGCUGCAUAACUGCCUUACCUGUUUAGCCGAGAGCUAUGUUUUCCCUCAGCCUCGCGAAGAACCCAUGGAGGGGCGGGAGAUAGCCUUAACCCUACCCUCGCCGUCACCACGUUGGGAACCCCCUCCCCCUCACCAAGGCAAAGGGUGGUUGAAAAGCGAGAAGCUCUUAAUUACCCACGGGUGCGCAUCGGCAAUCGAUACAAAGACUGCUUCAGAAAGCGUUUUCUACGUGUGCUCUCCCUCCUAGCCAAUACGUGAAAGCCGCCUCUGCAUCUGGGAAAAUGACAUGUGAGUAUGCAUCUGAGGAGCUCAUUGAUGGCUCCAGUUUACUCAACGAAGCGAGUGAAGACCUUCUCAACGACGCAUUAAACAUUCUAGAAGACGAUGACCCCACAGCAGAUCUAUUGGAGCUCGACCUUGGCGAGAGUGAAAACCCCUUGGACGACGCUUUAGAGGUUCUGAGGGAUGGCAGCGAAAGUCCUCUGGAUGCUGAGUGCGAUACUGGCCUGGUUGACCCUCUCGAGGAGAGAGUUACCUCAAUCCGGAAUGGAGAGCAUCAGUAUAUGAGUACCCUGUCCCAUUUCACCAGCAUUCUUUCUAGGACGCGGAUAAAUGGACCACGGCAUUUGAAACAAUUCAAUUUGAAAACACGGGCAGCUAAAAUUGGCACCGGGGCGCAGUUCACCGUAUUCCGGGAAUACCAUGACGACUUUGGCGGCACCGAGGGUUUGGUUGUGAAGCGUGUCAACGUACCAUUGUCGAGAGAGAAUGGAGUAAGUUUCGCAGCGGGAGAAGACUAUCGUCUCCAGCUGCGAACAUUGGAACUCGAAGUACGUUCACUUUGCAACCCUGUCCUUCGAAACCAUCGAAAUAUGGUGCACUUGGUUGCUUGGGGCUAUGAUUAUCCUAUGCCAGAUACUCCUGUCCCAGUGUUAUUCAUGGAGUCCGCUCUCACUACUCUUACUGAUCUUCUUAAAGCCGAGAACGAGGAGUUGAUGGGUAAUAAUCCAACAGAUAUUAAACAUCAGCUUUCACUGGAUAUUGUCGCCGGAAUACAAGCGCUUCAUUCCCUUAAUAUAAUACACGGUGAUAUAAAGCCCGAUAAUGUCCUCGUGUUCAAAGAGACCAAAAAUGAAAAGGUUCCAUUUUGCGCCAAAAUUAGCGACUUUGGAGUCUGCAUAGACAUGGAGAUUCCUGGGAGCGAAUUCACGAUCGAUGAUUACAGAGGAACGCCCGGCUGGGUUGCCCCGGAAAUUCAAGACCCUUCUCGAUGGCCAGGUGCCGCUUUCAAACCUGAGCUUAUGCCACGAUUCGACUCCUAUAGCCUUGGGCUUACGAUCUUGUCCAUAUUCGUCAAACGGGGCGAGCUGGUUGAUUUGGAUGUGGAUGACGAAAGCCGUUUUGAUGUGGUCAUCAGUCUCCUCAGAGAAGAGGAAUCAAUCCCAUCAGGCCUACGAAUGCAACUCAGAAGGGCUUUGAAAGGAUUGUUGGCGGAAGAUCCUUGGUCGCGAGUGUUACCAAACCCGGAUCUUCUUAAUACUGGCACGCCCGCGUAUACAACUUGGUUGUCUGUAUCCCAAACAGGGCGCAGCGGAGGCCAACAUGCUGGUACUUCAGGCAAUAUACAUAACAGAGGUCCUAACUUCUGGCGCCGCCUUGAUACUGCCGUCGUUACGGAGCUUGAAGAACAAUACAGUACUUCUAAAUCUUCGUUUGAUAGUGAUGUUCUUUUUGGUUUGGCGCAGAGAAUUACGAGGACAAGGACAUCAUAUAUUGAUCAACUACUUGAAUAUGUCACCGAGUCUGCCAGGGGUGGUUACUCUCCAGCGAGAGCAGUGUACGCUCAGCUGAUGCAUGCUCACCGCCGAACCCCGGAAUUUAAAAAUGAGAUUUUGCACAAGUGGACGUUACAGGCUGUUGCGGAGGGCUAUUUGUUCGCUAAAGCAUCGCCAACGAUAACUCAGGAGGACCUAGAGGCAGCAAAGCAGAAAUUCAGGGACGCGGGUGGAUACGCGACCGAUCCAUUCCUAAAAAAGAAGAAUAUGCUUGAGGUUGCGCGAGAUACCCACAAAGCGAUGGCAUUCGUGGCAGAAAACAAAAAUGUAGUGGAUAAGAAAGGCAAUACGAUGCUACAUGUCGCUGCUGCUCUAGGUACCCUAGAUGUUCUGCAGAAACUCGUCGAAGAAGCUAAGAUUCCAGUGGAUAUUCAAAACGAUAAUCUUGAGACACCGCUUUACAAGGCAUUUCAAGCUGGACAGGUUCGAGUUAUUGAUUAUCUGCUUGACAAAGGCGCAAAAGCAUCGACUUCGACUAGACAGGAAAAGCUAACUACCCUACAUUGGCUGUUUACUCUUCCAGAAGACAGUAUCCGCAGAAUUGCAACUCGAUUAGUCCGUGAAGCAGGGGCUUUGAUCGAUGCACAAAUAGUUACCGUGGCCGAGGUGAGUGGAGGAACUCCGCCCAGAAUUCAUAUUCUUCAUUUCCCAUUCGAACUUCCCCUCGGCACGCCAUUACACUGGGCCGCGUUUGCACGUAGCAAGCCCGCAAUGGAAGCGCUUCUUGAUUUGGGCGCCAAUAUCAAUGCUACAUAUCAUGAUUCCGAUGUAGGCUCGACACCGCUAUUCUUAGCAGCAUGGUAUGGCGAGGCGGAGGUUGCAAGCUUUCUCCUUUCCAGAGGUGCUAAGGCAACUGUGAAAGACCCAAAAGGUCGAAAUAUACUCCAUUAUAUGGCAUAUUUUGUUCCAAAUUACCAUGGUAGUCUGCCAUAUUCGUGGCACUAUUGGGUCCGCCAUGGGAACUGGGAUGAUCACAUGGCACAAGCCACAAAGCUCGCCAGGCUAUUGGUAGAGGCGGGAGCGGACAUCAAUGCGGAGUCCCAGGUGCCCCGGCAAAUGACCCCGAUUAGAAUUGCAUCAGAGGAGUGGAACGGCGGAGUAGCCUAUGCAUUGGCAACUGUGGGAGCGGAUGCUGAUGCUGGACGCAGCGGUACAGUCCAUAAAUGGGCCAGUAUUCGGGGAGCGGAGCUCACUUAUCCUGAAUCUUACCUUGAUAUAUUCCGAAGCGUCACUCAGAGAUCGAAAGAUAUCGACGCUCGGGGUGAAUUUGAUGAAAACACCCCUCUUCAUGACGUUGUUGCGGCGAUGCACGAAGAGGAUGAGGUGGAAGGCGCAUGUGAUAUUAUGUUUGCUCGCGACUCGCCACCGGAUAUUAAUGCAGUAAAUCGCAAGAAGUGGACUGCAUUAUAUUACGCGCUAUUCACAGAGCGAGACCCUGCGCGACGGGCAAGGUAUUUGAUUAAGAAAGGGGCUGACCUUACUAUUCGUACUUAUGAUGGGAAGAACAUCCUUUUCCCAAUCACUUAUAAUGUUGUUUUCAGCGAUCAGCAGAGUCAUGACCUAAUUAUCGAGCUUUUGUCUCAUCUUGUACAGGCUGAAGCCGGCUUGACUGACACAAGUCAGGCCUAUCAGAAAUACUUCCUUCCGGCCCCGGGAAAUAUUCUAACCUUAGCAGAAGCCGCGAGAGCGGGUCGAGUGCAAACAGUGAAACUUCUUCUAGAUCUAGGGCUCGAGCGUGAUAUCAAUAAAUUCGUCGACACAGACCCGCCAUUUACCGUAUUGGAUGAGGCUGUCUUACGAGCUUCAUCAAGGAGGCAAGAGCAUUUAGAGUCGCUAGCAUCGUUCACUUCGGCCGCAGCCCGCCAACGAGCUCUGGCUGCUGGCAUUGUGUAUGGGAAAACGUCUGAGAGCCCAACUCGUGCUGAGGAGGCGUAUUCAGGUUGCCCAAAAGUCCUGAGCCUCUUGCGGUCGCACGGGGCGAAAAGGGGGAGCGAGCUUGGACCGCUGGGGAGUUCGGAGCCUCCUUCCAUCACGGACAUGUUCCCAAAAUACUUCCUGCACCCCGAUAUCUGGGAUGUAAUGGAUCUAUAUUGGCUUGGAUUCACACCCGAGAGCCAGCCACAUAGGCAUGACUGGGAUAUUCUAUAUGAAUUAUCCCGGUAUCCAGAGGAUUGGCGAGAUCAGGUUGUUGAGAUACUACGCGAGAUGUACAAGGAUGCGCUAUGGCGACCAGACCUGAAGAUGAUGCAACGCGCGGCAAAAGCACAGCUUCAAGCAGUUGGAAAGGCAACUCAAGAGAAGCCAGCAGUCCCGGAGGUCCCAGACAGCGAAUUGCUUCGGAAAAUACUCAGCAUGCUUGCAGUAGCGGGAAAGCCAGAUUCCAGCACAACCACCCCGAACGAGAAGGACCAAAAGGCAGUAUGGGUGAAUGCCAGAGAAACAACAAAGUCUGGUCCUAAUGGUCUCCAUCCCACUAUUCCAGGACAUAUUUUCCAAGUGGAACUUCUGGGGAACAGAUCACUGGGGGAUACAAGAAGGGUUAAAGAAUGA